CCUGUCGUCACCCGGAUCCAUUUCCGUGGUUCAUGUUAAAGAGAUGCGCGCCAAAGGCGUAUAUCCAGCGGUAACUGUGUGAUCACGUGGGGUUCAGCCAGUAAAUGUAAUUAAAGUAGGCGCUGUAGCGCAUAAGCAUUUUUUUUGUCUCUUUAUUUUAUUUUAAUCAUGAGUCGUAUCUUCAAAGCGUGCGACUCCACUGUAUUCCUCCAUUUAGCAGCUUGGUGCUGAUUUGCUCCCGUGAAGUUUUGGGCCGAGGCGAGGAAACAUGACUGAAGCCGUGUUCCAGGCGCCCAAGCGGCGCGCCAGGGUUUACGAGUCGUACGAAGGGCCCUUCCCGGUCCCGCUGUGCGCGGACGGAGCCGGGGGUCCGGAGCCGCUCGUGUACAGAGCAGACGUUGUGAACCGGCACGUGGUGGUGCGGGACCCGGCGCACAUCGGAGCCGUUUAUGGGAAGGGUUACUUCGGCAAAGGCGUCCUGUCGAGGAGUAAACCGCAGCACAGCAUCUCCGAGCGCUUCCAGCGUUUCGGUGACCAGCGUCUGCCAGUCAUCUCCUCCUCCAAGUAUGAGCAGCAUGUGAACUGGGCCAGAGAGCUGCUGCUGGCACAGGGGCUGGACGAGGACGUCGUUGACGAGAUGCUGCAGAAGUGUGUGCAGCCAGUGCCUGAGGUGGGGGUUGAGGAGGAGGAGGAAGAGGGGGAGGGACAGGAGGGGGUCACGUGCAGCGAGGACAGGAGUGCCAGUACCGGGCCGCUGCCACCAUGUGGUCUGUCUGAUGGCGAGCGGCCCAAGCCGAGGCGCCAGGGAGAUCCUCGGUACGACCCCCUCGCCGAGCUCCACGAGCGGAUGGACCGGGAGACGGUAGACGGCACGCAUUUCUCCCGGCACGAUGGACGGGUGGAGCAGGAGGACCGACGGUGUCCCCUUCCAUCUGCGGGGUGCCAGUACGUCCUGGUGGAGGAAGAGGCAGAGAGACACGAACAGGCAGCUCUCGAAACCAACGGACACCGCAGCGUAAAUAUCAGCGGAGUCCGACUGGUGUGCAGGAUCAACCCGUUCCAGGUGAUCGAGUAUCUUCAGCUGAGCCCGGAGGAGGCUUUCUUCCUGGUUUACGCUCUGGGAUGUUUAUCUAUUUACUACAAUGAGGAGCCGCUGACAAUCGCUAACCUGUGGGAGAUGUUCUGCUCGGCACAGCCCAACUUCGACACGACGUACGCCGCGUACCACUACUUCCGCAGCAAAGGCUGGGUGCCCAAGACGGGCGUGAAGUACGGAACGGACUUCUGUGAGUCUCCGAGGAAACGCAUAUGUCCACCGCUCUGUCUGCUUUCUGGAAACACGAGAAGUGCUGUACCGGAAAGGACCUCCCUUUUACCACGCAAGCUACUCGGUGGUGGUGGAGAAGGUGGACGGCUCAUUCCGAGGAGCGACCCUGCGCCCGUUCACCUGGCGCUCCCUUGCUGCCCUCAACAGGAUCACUGGCAAUGUGUCCAAAGAGCUCAUGCUUUGUUACGUGAUCAGCCCUCCGGACCUGAGCGCCGAGGAGCGCCGUUCACCCGAGUGCAUGAAGAGGCUCAAAGUCCAGGAGAUCAUCGUGAGCAGAUGGGUGUCCUCCAGGGAGCGCACAGAACAGGAGGAAAUAUGAUGCAACAUAUUUAAGAGCACAUCUGCAUUUCACAAAUGUAUUGUUUUAUUUUUGGUUUGACUGCUCCAAUACAUGCAAACAUCCUUCAGAAUGUGAAUGGGACAUUUAUGUAAUUUAAUUUAAGUCUACGAAUAAAACACUCGAA